CUCUCGGGCCACUACCUCUACUAUCACUACGGCUGCGACGGGACGGACGACCGGGGCUGGGGCUGUGGCUACCGCACGCUGCAGACGCUGUGCUCGUGGCCCCGAGGCCGGCCCGCGGGCGUGCCCGGGCUGGCUGCAGUGCAGGCGGCCCUGGAGGACGUGGGCGACAAGCCCCCCGGGUUCUGCGGCUCGCGGAACUGGAUCGGCUGUGUAGAAGCCAACCUUUGCCUCGCCCACUUCGAAGGGCCUGAGGGGCGCCUGUGCCACGUGCCCCGUGGCGCGGGACUUCGCGGGGAGCUGGAAAGGCUUUACUCCCACUUCGCAGAGGGCGGAGGCCCGGUAAUGGUUGGGGGGGACGCCGAUGCCCAAUCCAAGGCCCUGCUGGGAGUCUGCGUCGGGCCAGACACCGAAGCCUACGUCCUGGUGUUGGACCCUCACUACUGGGGGGCUCCAAAAAGCCCCCGUGAACUGCAGGAGGCCGGGUGGGUGAGCUGGCGAGAGGUAAGCACAGCCUUCGACCCCAACUCCUUCUACAACCUGUGCUUUACCAGCCGUAACUCUGAAGAGCAGUAGCACGCCACGGACUGAGACUCGUCCCGUACAUGUGCACCUGUUUUCUUCUCAAAGGUGUCCCGUAGAGCCUGUGGCCUUUGGCAUCAAUAAUAAAGUGGCAAAACCCAGCUAA